CGCCCCGUCCCUGGCCACGCCCCUCCGCGAAGCCUGCGCCUCUUCCUUCCGGGUCGUAUUCGGCCGGGCGCGCCGCUGAGCGGAGCCUGGGAGUCGCCCCCGCGCCCCGGCCUCCCUGCGCCGGCUGGCCGCUGGUGGAGCCUACGGCGCGCGCCUCUACCGGACCCUGCAGGGUAAAAGAAUGUCAUAUUUCAACAUUGGUACCUGAAAUCAGAGUGUAAUUGCCAGGCCACAUGGAUGAGUGCCAACCUUUGCAUUUCUGGUGUGUAUCCUGUGACCAUUCUAUCUGGGAACAUCCUUCAAAGAGUUCGCGCGUCUUACCGAGGACACCUGACCGUUUGAAGCUUCAUAAUUCACACCUAGAUGCCACCAGUCUUUCCCAUGUUAACAGUUCUGACUAUGUUUUAUUAUAUGUGCCUUCGGCGCCGAGCCAGGACAGCUACAAGAGGAGAAAUGAUGAACAGCCAUAGAACUAUAGAAGCAAACAGCCGGACUUCCCCUCUCAAUGCAGAGGUGGUCCAGUAUGCCAAAGAAGUAGUGGAUUUCAGCUCCCAUUAUGGGAGUGAGAAUAGCAUGUCCUAUACCAUGUGGAACUUAGCAGGUGUACCAAAUGUAUUCCCGAGUUCUGGUGACUUCACUCAGACAGCUGUGUUUCGAACUUACGGAACAUGGUGGGAUCAGUGUCCCAGCGCUCCUGUGCCAUUUAAGAGGACGCCGCCUAAUUUCCAGAGCCAAGACUAUGUGGAACUUGCUUUUGAACAACAGGUGUAUCCUACAGCCGUUCACGUUCUAGAAACCUAUCAUCCUGGAGCAGUCAUUAGAAUUCUAGCUUGUUCUGCAAAUCCCUAUUCCCCAAGUCCACCAGCUGAAGUCAGAUGGGAGAUUCUUUGGUCAGAGAAACCUACGAAGGUGAAUGCUUCCCAGGCUCGCCAGUUUAAACCUUGUAUUAAGCAGAUAAAUUUUCCCACAAAUCUUAUACGGCUGGAAGUAAAUAGUUCUCUUCUGGAUUAUUACACUGAAUUAGAUGCCGUUGUAUUACAUGGUACAAAGGACAAGCCAGUGCUUUCUCUCAAGACUUCACUUAUUGAUAUGAAUGAUCUAGAAGAUGACUAUGAAGAAAAGAAUGGAUGUGGAAUGGACAAUCUGAACAAAAAGUUUAGCAGUAUUGCCCUCAGGGAAGGGACAAGUAAUGGAUAUUUUGAUAAACUACCUUAUGAGCUCAUUCAACUGAUUCUGAAUCAUCUGACACUACCAGACCUGUGUAGAUUAGCACAGACUUGCAAACUACUGAACCAGCAUUGCUGUGAUCCUCUGCAGUACAUCCACCUCAAUCUGCAACCAUACUGGGCAAAACUAAAUGACACCUCUCUGGAAUUUCUGCAGCCUCGCUGUACUCUCGUCCAGUGGCUUAAUUUAUCUUGGACUGGCAAUAGGGGCUUCAUCUCUGUUUCAGGAUUUAGCAGGUUUCUGAAGGUCUGUGGAUCUGAAUUAGUGCGUCUUGAAUUAUCUUGCAGCCACUUCCUUAAUGAAACUUGCUUGGAGAUUAUUUCUGAGAUGUGUCUAAACCUACAGGACCUAAAUCUCUCAUCCUGUGAUAAACUGCCGCCUCAAGCUUUCAACCACAUUGCCAAAUUAUGUGGCCUGAAACGACUCGUUCUCUAUCGAACAAAAGUAGAGCAAACAGCCCUGCUUAGCGUUUUGAACUUCUGUUCAGAGCUUCAGCACCUCAGUUUGGGUAGUUGUGUCAUGAUUGAAGACUAUGACGUGAUAGCUAGCAUGAUAGGAGCCAAGUGUAAAAAACUCCGGACUCUGGAUCUGUGGAGAUGUAAGAACAUUACUGAGAACGGGAUAGCAGAGCUGGCUUCUGGGUGUCCACUUCUGGAGGAACUUGACCUUGGAUGGUGCCCUACUCUGCAGAGCAGCACUGGCUGCUUUGCCAAACUGGCACGCCAGCUUCCAAACUUGCAGAAACUCUUUCUAACAGCUAACAGGUCUGUGUGUGACACAGACAUUGAAGAACUAGCAUGUAAUUGUACCAGAUUACGCCAACUGGACAUACUAGGAACAAGAAUGGUAAGUCCAGCAUCUUUAAGAAAACUCCUGGAAUCUUGUAAAGAUCUUUCCUUACUUGAUGUGUCCUUCUGUUCACAGAUUGAUAAUAGAGCUGUGCUAGAACUCAAUGUGAGCUUUCCAAAAGUGUUUAUAAAAAAGAGCUUUACUCAGUGACUUCAUAUAUGUCUUAUAAUAAAAUUAAUGUGCUUUUGUAGGGUUUUGUUUUGGGGUUGGUUUUGUUUAGUUUUUAUAAUGGUGGGAAUAUCUUAAGACAUUUGUGGAUUUUAAAGAAAAAUAUGGAAAUGUCCAUUAAAUCAUUAAAUCAGUGAUGUAAACAAAUGUUUUCACAAAAUAUUGUAAGCACUUUCCUUCAAGAAUAUGUGAGUGGCUCAUAUUAUUUUUGUCUUAUGUUAAUCAGUGAUAUUGUGCUUUAGUCAAUAACUAGAUGUUUAAUAAAAGAGUAAUAUGGAAAUAUUUUAACUUAUUUUGAAAGGAGCACUUUGAACAAUAAAAUAUCAUGAUAUUUAUGCAAGAAUAAAGUUAAUUUUUCACACUU